GCAAAUUUAAAAAAAAUAAUUAAGUAAAAAUGGCUAAAUUCUUAAAAUACGGAAGAGUAGUAAUUCUUUUAUAAGGCAGGUUUGCAGGAAAAAAAGCAGUUAUUGUUAAAUCACUUGAAGAUGGAAAUAAAGAUAGAAAAUUCGGAUUUGCAUUAGUUGCUAGGGUAGAAAGAGUUCCAAGAAGAGUAACAAAAAGAAUGGGACAAAAAAAAAUUGAAAAAAGAACUGUGAUUAAACCAUUCGUUAAAUAUGUUAACUUAAAUCACAUUAUGCCCACAAGAUACUCUGUUAAAGACUUAUGUGAUUUCAAAGAUUUAGUCAAAGAAGAUAAAAUAAAAUCAGGAGCAAGAAAAGAAGUAAGAGAUGAAUUAAAAACAUAGUUCUAAGCUAGAUACAGAGGAUUAAAUCCCGAUGAAAAAAAUGCUUCUCAUUACAAAUUCUUCUUUUCAAAAUUAAGAUUUUGAUUUAUUUUAUAGCCUUUACUUUUUUUAUAAAUAUACAAAUAUUUUAAAAAAAUUAUGUUAUAUUUUUUAUAUUCGUGUAAUGAAAAUUAAAAUAUUU